AUUUAUUACAACGCAAUAAUAAGUGAAUUUAGAUUAAAUCACGAAUGUGCAAGUACAACUCUCUGUCAUCCAGAAAGAAUUAGUUGUCUUUGAAUAAAAUCCAUGGUCUAAAAAUACGAUGGUUUUAUAAGUUGUGAUUGCUUGAAAGCAAAUCGCCUCUCUCUCUAAAUUUUUUUAUUACGACGUUGCUGAGAGCUUUCUCCAUGUAUCUUGAGAUGGCGAUGUCAUCGACUACUUUCUUCUCCCAAAUAUUACUCAUACUCUUCGGAAAACAUGUCAUACGGUAUGUUUUUGCCACUUCUUCUGUUUUCUUCUCCGCCAUGACGCUCAGCCGCAUGCUGAAGAACUACGUCGGCCGCGGUAAGAAUCUCGAGGGUUUCUAUAGGAAGAGAGGCAGGUAUUAUUACAGAAAGAAUGGUGGUGAUGAAUGGCAUGCACCAACUCAAGGAGAAUUGCUUAGGUUUGUGUAUUCUGUGCUCACAUUUGUAGCCACUUCGAUUGAUUUCACAAGGAUUUCCAUUGGUGGAAGUGUGAUCCAACCUCUUACAGCAUUUCCUGCUGCUUUUGCUUCUGUUGUUUCCCUCACAGCUCUUAUUGAUCUACUUGAUCUACUCGUUUCUUAAUCGUGUAUAUUUCAUAUUAUUUAUAUUUUUUUGGAGAGAUUUAUGUAAUAUUGUUUAUAUGUUUGGAAGUUGCAUAUUUAUGUAAAAAGGUUGUGGGUUGAAAGUGAA